AUGGGUUAGUUGACAUUUUUGAGCUGAAAACAAAGUGUCUUUUUGGCAUAUUUUUCAAGGUCCAGCAACGAUACUUGCAAAUAUUUUUUUGUUUCGGAGUUCUUCUUUGGCACGUAGGCCAUGUGGUGCUUUUUUUAUGCUGGGUGAAACCACUGCGUUUUUAGCAGUAUGUAUAUUGUUCCUUUUCCCAGAUGAUAAACUCUCAUGUAACCCUUGCUAACAGAUUCCCUGAGCCAGCCACAUUUAAUGACCUUCCAAGGGUGCGAAAUGAUUCAGCAAGCUGUAGUGGGCACGUUUGCUAGUGUUAUGCAAAGGGUAUAUAACUGCUAUUUUAGCUUAACAGUUCAUGAUGCCAGACGUGAAGGUACUUUAGCUUAAAGACGCUGAACACAUUUAAAGUGUAAACGCUGCAAUUAGCCAUUUUCUUCCCUGUCAUGGAGAUCCUUCAAACAUGUGAUUGCUUGGUAAAACUAGAAGUUUCAUGGCUUUUGCUGUGUACUCAUACUAUUUACAUGUUAAUCAUGGGUAAAACAUGAACGCUGUUUGAACCAGUGUGACAAUGCAAGACGAUAGUAUGAAAUCUUGAAUAUUUUAUGGUAGCCAUUACAGCAUUCCAUUUUUCAAAUACUGGGAAGUUUCCUCAUAGCAGUACAAGGUGAUAUUAAAACAUUCUCUCAAUCUCAAAAAUGUGUCAGGCAGGUUUAACUCCGUUGCAUGUCUGUCUGCAUGAAAGUGGGUUUGUUCUUGGUACCACCCUCCCUUCCCUCUUCUGGCCUGUUUUGUGCACAGAAAUGAGGGUUAUGGCUGCCUGUGGUAUCACUGCUACAAAUUUUGCUACAUUGAGCUAAUGUGUACCACUAUUAAUGGAGGCUCUGCAUAGGAGAUGGGAGAGACUGCAGACCAUCAACACAGCUUCUACCAGUCAUAACUUUUGUUGGUGCCUCCACAACCCGCCGCACCUCAGCAAAUUUGUUAAUUCAUAGUUUUAGAGAAAGAAAACAGGGUGUUAAAAUGACUGCUGUCCCCAAGCAGCACAACAUCUUGGCCCAAUAUUGCACCAAUGUUGGGCCGACGUUGCCAAUAUUGGUCCAAUAUUGGACCAAGAUGUUGUGCUGCUUGGUUCGAUUUCGAAAAUAUACUAGAGUCAUUUUAUUCCUCCUGGGCCACUGACCACGGUGUCGAAAAUCCUACGCGAAACAGUGACGUAGUUUGAGUGUUAUUCGACUGAAUACACGACAAGAGCAGACGUCGGUUGUUGAGACUAUGCCGAAAUUCCCUUUCUGGAAAAACGAGAUAGCGUCACCAAGAGCCAAUGAGGGCGCGGACCCGUACCCACCAGCGUGAAUCUUAUCGUUCUCACAUCUGAGCUUUUUAGAAAUCAACAUCGUAUACACAAGAAACGCAGACUUUGGGUUCACUCGAUGGCGCAUUUUCUUGUGAACGUCACAUCGUGACGUGGCAUGCGCGUAAGCUCCUCUCACUGGUGGUCACUUUUCGUGGUAGCUCGGCACUGGAAGACUACGAUGACAAACUGCGCGAUUUUUCAAUGCGGCAACCGUAGUUUUCGCAAAAGAAAAUGCGCGAACGUCAAUGACGAAGCGUUUUGGAGUUAAAAUAACGCCAAAAAGGUGAUCACCACAUGGUGCGGCAAACGCGUUCGGUUGACGUCAUGUGAACACAACCUUAUCCCGAAUUUUAUUCCGAUGUCGGACAAUAAAGUAAUUUUAAUUCAAUGCUCUAAGGUGCAGACAGUAAAUUCAUUUUAUUUCCUUGAAAAAUUCGCCUGUUGAAAAACGGGAGCCCCGCUGCGGCAUGCCUUCCAGUCAGGCCGCGUACCUUCUUGCCGCAGUGCGGGAGAAGCCGCCUUCGUGGGCUUUUCCUCGUCAGCGCAAUGCACUAUUUUUAGCGGCAUGCCCCGCAUCUUCGUCAGAUCAUGUGGUCAACGGAGAUUGCGUCACAAUCUUGUUUUCUCCCGGCUACCCGCGCAGUCUGCAGCAUGUUGACAGCGUCGAUAUAUUGAGCGCCGCGGGAACCGCAGCCGGGUAGGUUGUCGCCCGAUGCCGAACAUAGUGGUUUCGGUUUCGUAGAUGGAUUUCCGGAUGCGACCGUCCGUUUAAAAAAGAAACCGAAACCAACUCGUCUCGACCGCGGGACUUUGAGGACCACGUGCUUUGGGGCGAAUGGUUUCGGUUUUGGGCACGUUGGACAGUCAAAAUUCGGCAACGGAUACAUCGAAGUACGUGUUUGUUUCAAGAUUAUUUAAAACUGGAGUGACAUUAAAUAGGCUUACACCAAUUUUGGUAUCUCGCAUUAGGUAAUUAGCAGAAUGCCUGCCUGGCUGUAUAAUCAGCCUGCGACAACAGCACCUGUGCUGCUCUGAUGGCCUAUUAUAAGACAUAUGCAUCAAUAAAAAUAAACGCCAAAUAAACAAACAAGAUUUGUCCGUAGCUGCACUCCACGGGUUAAACACGAGAAAGAGGAUGACAACGGGUGCCUUGCACGCAGUGGUACCUCGUGUAAGUCGUUAAAAAAAAUCACGAGCGACUAAACCUUCCUCUUCCAUGUCAUCGAAGCGGCCAAGUCUGCCUGAUGUUCACAACGUACUUAGCCCGCAAGGUUACUCUGAGCGGGCAUCAAGAUCGUCCAGUCGCCCAACAUCAGAGCGUUCGAUUUCGGAACCAUCACGCUCUUUUCCCUCCAAGCCGCUGCACGGGAGUAUUGGUAACGUCCUACAACGCAGCGCAUCAGCGUCAACUGUCCAGUCUAAGCAGAGUACAACCUCCAACAAAAGGGCGCCACGUUCGUCGCAGUCGUCACCAGCUCUACCAGCUCUACCAGCAGCGACCGAAAGGCUUGCUAUUGCUUGGAAAGGUCCCACAGAUCUGUCACCCAUGAGCGAAGAGACAACGGGGAGAUCAGCCCAUCGCACUUCUCAGCAUCGUACCGUAAGCACAGUCUCCAGUGUACGAGCUGAAGAAUUCGACGAACAAGAAAUCAGUCAAACUACCAUCUACGGCCACGGCUGCUUCCAGCGCAUGAUUCUUUUCUGCAGCGUCUUGUCUUUGGUGGUUCUUCAAUGCCAUGGUCUCGCCUUUAAACUCAUUGCACGCAGCGUUGACUUCUGGUGCGAACGGCCCGCGCUCUCUCAAAACCUCAGCGUUUCCGACUGGAGGAACGUCGGUAUCCCUUUAGAACCGGACGGCAGUUAUAGUCGUUGCAAUGUCUACGACGAUCCAUUUGCACUGAAUAAGACAUCAAUACCAUGCACGGCAUGGGAAUACGACACUCCUUCGGUUACCAUCAUCAGCACUUGGGACCUCGUGUGCAGCAGGGAAUGGCUCAUAUGGUUUGCUUCAGUCAUGUACACGAUGGGCGCUGUGAUCGCUGUGCCACUUAUGGGCAUGGCAGCCGAUCAGAUCGGGCGUCGGCCUGUCAUCUGCAUAGCCGUCAGCGUUCUUCUGCUCUCUGGGUUCGGAACCUGUUUUGCUUCCAAUUUCGUACUGUUCGUCUGCGCCCGCUGCAUAGUGUCAGGAUGCGCCAGUACCAUCUUUGUCACCAUAUUCAUCCUCCUACUGGAAGUGACAAGCGUUGAACACCGUGCGCUUUAUUGCAUGGUGUCUGCAUCACUGGGGGUCGUCGUGGCGGGCAUCCUAAUCGCUGUACUAAGCGUGUUUACCGCACCGUGGCGCGUUUUCCAGGCAAUUUUCAUGGCGAUCACCUGCCUCCUCGUCAGCACCUUUUACGUCGUUCAGGAAUCCCCGCGCUGGCUGCUCGCAACCUGUAAUUUCAGGCAGGCAAAAAAAGUGAUCCUUUCAGCAGCCAGGAUGAAUGGAGUACCACAGGACAGGGUUCGAAUGCUGUACUCGAAGCUGAAGAUGUUCAUACUCAGAAAUUCGGAGUGUUUAAAAAUAUCGGCGCUCACUCUGUUCACCAACCCGGUUCUGCGUUCCCGCAGUAGUCUGCUCUUCAUCUGCUGGUUUUCCGUGUCGUUUUCCUACUACGCGCUUAAAAUGACUACCGUCGCAGAAGAGGAAGCAAGGUGGGCGGACGUUGCCAGUGCAGCUGCUCAGGGGCCGCUCAUUGUUCUGGGCUACUACGCCAUAAACAGACGGGGCAGAAAGACUACGCUGGCUCUAACCUUGGGAUUCAUCGGCUUUUCUAGCACCGUGUUGACGGUGGACUAUCCCACUGCUGCCUUGCAUUUCACCAACAUCAUUGUGGUACUGGCCAGAGGAGCAGUACAUGUUGCCGUGGCCGUCAACCACAUCUACACCGCUGAGUUGUUUCCGACCGUAAUGCGGAGCGUAGGUGUCUGCACCGCAUACUACUUCGGUGGACUGGGAGGAGCAGCGGCCACAGCACUGACGGCUCCGCACACCAGCGUAUCGCCACAUAUUACCAUGGCAGUGUUGACAUUCUUAAUGUUAUUUGCCGAGUUGGCCCUGGUACCGCUGCCGCAGAUACGGUCACAGCCGCUAGUCAACACCAUGAAGGAACUUGAAGAACUGGACUACAAAAGGUAUCUUCAAAAGACAUUACCUGAGCACGUUGGGAUAAUAUCUCCCAGGGCGACUAGAUCACGUGAUUUGCCACGAGAUCCUCGAAGGAUGUAAGGAUCGAGCUGGCAGUCUGGUCUUGAGCAGUUCGUUGGUGUAUCACUUCUAUGUCCCCUGCUUUCCAGUGCGGGUGAUGCCUCUCUUAUUUAUAUGCUAAUGGGUCAAUAUUAUGAUCAUAUAACCGCGUCAUAAGUUAUAAGUAAAUAUAUACAUUGCUAGCCUCAGAAUCUUGGCUCCAUGACUUGCUUGCAAUCACGACUUCAAACGCUACGACAAAUAGGCCGGUGGUGCCACGUGAUUCGCAUGUUUGACGCACGAUGUAGCAAGUACUCUCUCUGGUGUUCUGCAUGAUACUGCGUUGCAGUGGCAUAGCACUUGGGAGAGGGAAACCCCAUGUAAGUCCCCAGCCCCUCCCGAAACAUUUUUUUCUGGCCAUGCUACUGCUGGGUUGGAUAAUACGCCACCACCAGUAAUACGCAUUGUCAUGCCAUAUGUCCUGGCGGUGGGGUUGGGACUUUACUUUAGUGUUGUGACUAGUCCUCGCAGAGAACUUAACUCUCCCAUGCUGAGUGCAGUUCGAGUGAGAAUCUGGAGUUCGAGCCAGCUGCGGUGGCAGUGGAGUUCGUCUCUUUUGAAUGCGGAAGGUGUUUCCCCACUUUCUGGUGUGAAAAGGUUUCUAGGAGAAGCUGUCAGUGAACUAUAGGGGGCUAAAAGAUAUAGGAGCAUGGAGUGCAGCAAAUGGAUCCGAGAUCAAGAGGCAUUCGCCAGUGCAGGCGGCGGCGAGGAGGAUAAAGCAAACGAUGAAGCGGCGGCGGCGCGGCGGCAACCACUGGCGGCAGCAAGGAGCACUUGAGUAGAAAAGUUCAAAAACGAAACCUUCUUGAAGACUGCAACGCAUGUUGUUGAGUUGAGUGAUUGAGUGCGUUCAUAGUUUCAUAGGCAGGCUUCGUCGAUUUGAAACCAUGGUGAGGAGAAAGUCACAAGGAGGAAGCAAGACCCAACGUGGUGCAUUGAAACC